AUGUACGCAAUGAACCAUGGCUCGAUGCACAACUCGCGAAAGCGACGAAGUGAAGAGGAUCACUAUUCACAGAGUGCCGUGACCUCUCCUCCAUUGAACCAUGCCACCUCGAAUGCCUCUUUACACUCUAAUUUUGGCGACCAGAUGAUGGACGUGGAUAUGAGCGGUGGAUACACGUCCAUGGGCGAUAUGGAGCUCACUUCGCCUGCCCACUCGCCUGCCCACUCGCCUGCCCCCGAGUGUGCCAACAGAAACAAGCGGUUCCAGCAGCAACCUGUGGAUGGGUAUGCCCAUGCUGUGACCAUGCAGCAUUUGCGAAAUGCCGCUGAGCGGGGUACACGACAGGAGCCUUGUGCUGCCAACGGGUUUACUCCUUCUCCUGCGGGGCUUGUGGAGGGUCUCAACUGCCAGCAGUGUGACAAGGAUCUUGCCCAGGACGACAUCUAUUAUUACGACAACUACACGUGCAUUUCGUGUUCGUCCAUUGUGUGUCGACGGUGCUCCAUCUCGAGUAUUUACCGGACGGAUUUGUAUUGUUUGGGGUGCUAUUCGCAUGGUUGUUAG